CACCUAGCUACACUCCUCGCGCAUAAAGGAAGGGACCAUGCCCAAUUAAUGCGCGGGCCCGUUCCCAUGUGAUGGCCUGUAUCGUGUAGCAGGUCUCAUCAAAGGACGACUAAUUGCUGAGAGUACCAUACCAUGACGUUAUCGCUUACGUCAGUCAACCACCUAUUUUCUUCGAUAUAUGUGAAAAAUGGUGUAGCUUCUACUCUCUGGAAGAAGCACUCUUUACUUCGAAGAUCGCUCAGAAAGGUGACAAUGGCUGAACAAUUUGAGAUGCCGCGAGUGAAACUCGGUACCCAAGGACUUGAGGUAUCAAAGCUAGGUUAUGGUUGUAUGGGGCUUUCAGGUGUCUACAAUAAUCCUGUCCCUGAGGAGGACGCAAUUGCAAUAAUCAAAGAGGCAUUUAGUAAAGGCAUUACACUUUUUGACACAGCAAAUGUUUAUGGUGCGAACCAUGCCAACGAGUACUUGGUAGGAAAGGCAUUAAAGCAAUUACCUCGAGAAAAGGUUCAAUUGGCUACAAAGUUUGGUAGAGCUGGAUUUGAUGCUUCGGGAGUUAUAGUAAAAGGUACUCCGGAAUAUGUCCGCUCUUGCUGUGAGGCUAGCCUAAAGUGUCUUGAUGUGGAUUAUAUCGAUCUUUACUACAUACACCGGAUUGAUGCUAGUGUACCUAUUGAAUACACUAUGGGUGAACUUAAAAAGCUAGUCAACGAAGGUAAAAUUAAAUAUAUUGGGUUGUGUGAAGCUAGUCCAGACACAAUAAGGAGGGCUCAUGCAGUUCAUCCUAUUACUGCUAUACAAAUGGACUAUUCCCUUUGGGUUCGUGAUGUCGAAGAAGAGAUAUUUCCACUUUGCAGAGAACUUGGGAUUGGAAUAGUUCCAUACAGUCCCUUAGGUCGAGGGUUUUUUGCUGGGAAGGCUGUUGUGGGAAGCAUGGAAAAUAACUCAUUGGCAGAUCACCCAAGACUUCAGGGAGAGAACUUUGAUAAGAAUAAAGUCUUAUACUUUCGUGUAGAAGCAUUGGCUAAGAAGCAUGGAUGCACUCCUGCUCAACUAGCGCUUGCAUGGGUUCUUCAUCAAGGAGACGAUGUUGUUCCUAUUCCAGGUACGACUAAAAUUAAGAAUCUUCACUCCAAUAUUGAUUCUCUUAAAUUGAAGCUUACGAAAGAUGAUUUGAAAGAAAUUACCGAUGCGGUUCCCAUCAAUGAAGUAGCGGGGUCGAGAAGUUCUAAUGAGGCUUUUCAUAAGACCACGUGGGAAUUUGUGAAGACUCCACUCCCAAAAUGAACCAGCAAAAUGGAAAAUUAUCAGCGUGUUAUGUUGAAAAAACUAGUUUUUAAGUCUUGUCGAUAUUUGAUGCAGUUUCAUCUGCUUACUUUUAAUUCCCUUUAUGGUUAUCCAACUUCCACUACUUUGUGUGCAUGCAGAUGGCAAGUAAUAAAUCGCAUGGCUAUUGAAUAAUUGAACCUCUUUUUUUUGGGCUCUUUAAUAAAAUGCUAUGAUUGUCUUGAUAAUCAAA